AUGUCCUUCCACAACUCCUGCCAGAACAUCCACCUUAUCCACGAGAACGGCUCCACGCUGCUCCACGUUGAAGCCAGACGUCGUAACGGCGAGGUCGUCGCCCGCACUAUCCGUCUGGACAGGCACAUUGGAAACACUGAUGGCUGGUUCAUCUGGGGCGGUUCCAACUUCACCGAAUCCUCCCACGACAUUCAACUCGAGCACACGGAGCGCGGACCCAAGUUGACGGCUCAUCUGCGCAAGAACGAUGGCGGAUACCGUGAGCUGCAGGGCAUUUACCUCGCGGAUAAGAUUGCCAAUGAGGAUGGACAUUUGGUUUUCUUGGGACCUUGA